AGUUUGAUACUUAUGAGACUCACGUCACAUGUGUCAAUGAAUUAAGAAACAAUGAAACUCAUUACAACUUGGGAGAGGGAAAAAAGUUAUAUCUAAUGAUAAUAGACCAAUAGUUGAUAAGAACACUGUAGUUUCACUCCUAUUGGUCCCUCGUCCUAUAGAGUUUUUAUGAGAUCAAAUUAUUCUAAAAUACGAAGCUAACAAGUUAACGUGUCUUCGGUGCAUGUUCAUGCAGUUGUAAAAACCCUUGUGUCAAUAUCAUGCUAGUGUCGUGUUGCAUGUCCAUUCUAUUUGAGAAUAAUCUUGUGAUGGUAGGGUAGUGCUUGUAGAAAAUAAAAUUAGAGACAAUAGAUUAAGGAGUUUGGAGAUUAAGGAGUUUGGACAUGUCUAUUGUAGAUCGGUCAUGCGGUAGUUAGGAGUGAUAUGGUUCCGGUAGAUGAGGGGUAGACCAAAAUUGACUUUAGAGGCAGUAGUUCGAAAUGACAUUGGUUUCUUGAAUAUCACGGGACAAGUGCUCGAUGGACACAACGGAUUCAUGUAGCUAGCCCCAAUUGAGUGGGACUUGGCUUAGUUUGGUUUGGUUUUGUUUGGUAAUCUUGGUAAGACUAGAUUACUAGUACCCUUAAAUUUUUAACGGUAAGUUGGAGAUUUAAUAUGCUAACUAACUAUAUUUAGUGUCAAUAAAUGUAAGUUACGCCAGUGAGAUUCUCACAAUUUGAAAGAAGUAAUGGAGAUGGAAACAUUAAAUAUACAGAUUACGCUUAUUCUAUAAAUUGCGGUUGUUCUCUCCUAAAUCUCUCCAAGGAAACCCAACUAUUCUUCUUGAUAUUAUUUCCAUGGCAAGGAAAAUAACUAGGGGUCGCCAAAAGAUUGAAAUGAAGUUUAUUGAGUCCAAACAGGCUCGCCAAGUUACCUUCUCAAAGCGCCGAUCUGGCCUUUUCAAGAAGGCAAGCGAGCUCUGUACCUUGACUGGUUGUGAGCUUGCUCUUGUUGUCUUCUCCCCUAGUGGGAAACCCUUGUCUUUUGGCCAUAGUUGUGUUGACACAAUAGUUAAAAGGUUCCUUUGCCAAGGCCCUAUGGAAGUCGCUGGAUAUCUGGAUCCUCGUGGGUCUAUUUGUUCAACAAUCCACCAGCAGUACACUGAGUUGUGCAAGCAACUCGAGGAAGAGAAACUCCGUUCUAAAGAACUUGAAAUUGAAGGGUUGAAGCGCCCGAAGCCUUCCUGGUUUGAUACGCCGACCUAUGAGCUCAACUUGGAUCAGCUAGAGGAAUCCAUAAACCGUAUGAAAGAACUAAGUGAUAAAAUUGCCCAGAGAGUUAAUGAGCUUUCCCUUAUGGGAUCUACUCUGACAUUAGCUCCAGCAAAUCAUGUUGGAGCUAUUGAUCUCAAUGUUGCUCCACCAGAGGAGAUGUAAGCUUCCUUGGUUCCUUAUGUCGCCAUGGAAGCAGUUGGGAAGGGAAUGGCCUAGCUGUUGUUUUCUCUUUGAAGUGUAUCUUUUAUUUUACAUAUGAGUAGUUGGUCUCUUGGUUCGCUUGUCUGUCCAGCUAUUUUCUCUUUCUGGUUCGGACUUAGAUAGAUAUCCCUAGGUUAUCUUUGAGUCUUUAGUUUGAAAGGGAAUAAAAAAGCUUUCCUUCAAAUGCUUAACCUUGUGCCUUUAGUUGCGUCUUUGAUUGUGCGCUGACUAGUGUAAUAGGUGGACAGUGUUUCGAUUGUUCCUUUUUUAAAUCAAACAAUGGUUUGUUUAAGUUUGUAUACUAUCCCUAUAGAAAUGAUUAUAAUUUAUGAAAAUUAUAUCAAA